AUGUGUCUCCCGUUCCUUCCAUCAGAACAGAUUGUGGAGACUGUCAUGAGGCUGGAUGACCGCGUCACAUCACCGGCAUUAGCAUCCCUGAUGGACUAUAUCGACAGAACAUGGAUUCGAAGCAGAACUUUCCCCGUCAGCUCGUCGUCCAUUUUCAUGUCGCCUAUUAGAACCAACAACGACGUAGAAGGGUGGCACAACCGGUUGAAUUCCCGAGUCAACAUCAGGGGUCCCGUUCCAUUUUAUCUGUUGUUGCAGGAGCUCUUCAGGGAAGCCACCGCGAUCCCCCUUCAAUCAAAGAUGGUUUGCGAGAACAAGCUCGCAAGAUACCAGCGGAAGAAAACACGGGACAUUCAGAGGGAAGUGUUUCGAUUGUGGGGACAGUAUACAGAUGGUGAGGUUUCAACCUCCCAGCUGAUGCGGAGGAUAGGACGUUUGUUACAUUGA